GGAAAUUGAUAAUGCCAAUACUCCUCGAUGGUUUUGAACUAAUACACAAAAAAUAGAAGUUGUAUUGUUUUGUGCAGGAAGUUAGAAUUUAAGUGACACAUCAAAUAAGUAUCAAAAUGGCUUUAACGCCGUUGCAAGUAAUUUUGGGAAAAUCAGCUGCCAUAAUUGGGGCGGUUCAAGGUCUUGCAUGGUGGGGUAUGUCCUUGGCUUGUAUAAUCGUUUACUAUAAUGAAACGGAGGUAUCGACGAGUACUACAAGCUUUAGCCAGAUUCUAAGUGAAGGGUUACAAGUUUCUUAUUUAGUAAAAAACAGCAAAACGCUUUGGACAUGGAGAGUAAUCCUACCAUCGGAUUUGAUUGUAGUGGCUUGGAUGUACUUAUUUGCAAGCAUUGUGUGGUUCGUAAUAUCUAUUGAUCAAUUUGUAGCUAUCCAUUGGAAUAAACGUAGACAAUCAACAUUAAUGAUAAGUUGGGGUGCACUAACAAUUUGUAUAUCGGUAGUUGAUUUGGUAUUUUCAUCUUUGCUAUUACGAGACUUCAUGAACUGUCCAAUGGGUACUGUAGAUAUGUUGGGUUGCCAUAUAGUCAUUGGUACUGUAAUGACGAUAGCAGCUAGAGGUUACACUUUAUGGCUUUUAAAUGGUGUACUUGCAAUCAGCACGAUAUUGUCUGGAGUUAAUAUAAUAACACACGAGAAGAUAAAAUCAACCAUUAACGGUAUUGAAAUUCCCAGAGCUAAAACUGGACCCAGUCAGAACAAUACUCUUGAGCAUCCAAGGCAUUUGCAAGAAAAUAGUAAUUACUCACCUCAACCUAAUUUGAACGGAUAUCGCCAGUCUCAAAACUUGGAGCCACAAAGUCGUUCUUUGGGAGGAUAUCCACACUCACCAAGUCUAAGUUCGGCAACUCCUACAGGAUUUCCCUCUCAGUUGCGAAAUGGAAAUAGGUUUAAUUAUUAAAGAUCAUAUAUUUGGUUUUAUAAUUUAUAGUGCCUUUGCAUAAAUUUGUUAUAUAGAGAGAAUAAAAUAUUUUUU